AUGGGCCUGUACACACGGAACGUUUUCUCUUCUUUUUCAUCAGCGUCAUCAUGGUUCGAGUUGUAUGCCGCCUUCUCCACACUCAUGAUGCUCCUCAGAACGGCAAUCAAUGAACUCAUACCCCCUCAAGUUCGAUCCUUCAUCGUCUCAAAGCUAGAUGUCUUAUUCUCCAAAUAUCAAGCAAAGAGCAAUAUCACUCUCAGAAUUACCCAAUUGUGGGAUGAAUUUAAUGGAGAGCGCAACGAACUUUUCGAUGCUGCCCAGGAGUACCUCCCCACCAAGAUUAGUCACACGUUCAAAUCGCUCAAAGUUGGGAGACUGCAAAACGAGAAACACCUCGAGUUUGCAGUGGAUACAAGUGAGAAGGUGGUGGACGAAUUUGAAGGCACCAAAUUCACUUGGAAGCUGGAUGAGGGGUCCAAGGAUGAGUGUAACGGGUACGGUAGGUGUUUCUUUGAAUUAACCUUCAAUGAGAAACAAAGAGAGAUGGUAUUGGAUCGGUAUAUACCACAUGUGCUUAAAACAUAUGACACCAUGAAAGCUCAGAGGAGGGAAGUAAAAAUCUAUUCCAGGAUAAAUAAUUAUUGGAACGCAAGUGACUUAUCACAUCCUGCAACAUUUGACUCACUAGCCUUGAGUCCUGAGUUGAAGAAAGAAAUAAUUGAUGAUUUGGCCCGGUUCUUGGAGAGGAAGGAACUUUACAAGAAAGUGGGGAAGCCUUGGAAGCGUGGAUACUUGUUGUAUGGUCCUCCCGGAACGGGAAAAUCUAGCCUCAUUGCAGCUAUGGCAAACUACUUGAAAUUCGAUGUGUAUGAUUUGGAGCUUUCCGCUAUUUACUCAGACUCAAACCUCAAGAGAUCCAUGAAGGAAGCAUCCAACCGUUCCAUUAUUGUGAUUGAAGACGUGGACUGCAACAAAGAAACGCAUGCAAGAUCAAAACUAAAUGGUCCUUCAUGUAAUACAGAUUCAGACUCUGAUAGAGAGGGUCCCGAGACGAGUACAAAGAGUUUCACUCUUUCGGGUCUGCUGAACUACAUGGAUGGUUUGUGGUCAAGUGGUGGAGAGGAGCGGAUUGUAAUCUUCACAACUAACCACCGAGAGAAAAUUGACCCAGCAUUGCUGCGCCCUGGUCGUAUGGACAUGCACAUUCAUUUGUCCUUCCUCAAAGGCAAGGCUUUUCAUGUUUUGGCUUCUAAUUAUCUGGAUAUUAAAGGAUAUCAUCCACUCUUGGAACAAAUUGAAGGGCUAUUGGAGAAAGUGGACGUCACCCCUGCAGUAGUAGCUGAGCAACUGAUGAGAUAUGAGAAGCCUGAUGUUUGUUUGGAAGCACUUGUUCAAUUUCUCAAAGAAAUGGACAAGAGUAAUCUUGAGUGA